GGCGUAAUCUUGCUUCGUACCACCAUGUUGUCCAUAGCUAAUACGUCCAUUCGUGCUGGACGGCGGGCUGCCAUUGUUGUCGCUGGACAACGACAAGCUGCUCUCGCUGCUGUAAAGGCGAAGAAACCUGGUUCUGCUCGCUCAAUCCAAUCCGUAGCACAGACAGACAGAGAUACUAUUACUCGCCUUUUGUAUUCACUUGGUUCCAAGCGCGAGGUUGAACGACAUCUACGAAUAUUUUCUUCGUCUUCCCAUCCAUCGCAGCCUGCAAAGUUUGCAGUCAUCAAAAUCGGAGGGGCUGUCCUGGAGAACCUCGAAGAGCUUGCCCUCAGUCUAAGCUUCCUCUACCGGGUUGGACUCUAUCCUGUCGUGCUUCACGGUGCUGGCCCGCAGUUGAACCAACAGAUAGAAGAAGCCGGAGUUGUCCCAGACUACAUUGAUGGAAUUAGGGUGACCGAUACGAAAACUCUCCAGGUUGCGCGACGUGUUUUCUUGGAACAGAAUUUGAAGCUUGUUGGUGCUCUUGAGAGCUUGGGAACUCGUGCACGACCUAUAACAUCUGGCGUCUUUACGGCUGAUUACCUGGACAAAGAAAAGUACGGACUCGUCGGAAAAGUUACUAGGGUCGACAGAAGGCCCAUAGAAGCGUCCAUCCGAGCCGGGGCACUCCCCAUUCUCACCAGCUUAGCAGAAUCACCUGAUGGCCAAAUCCUUAAUGUCAAUGCAGAUAUCGCUGCAGGUGAAUUAGCUAAGGAGUUUGAGCCAAUGAAAAUCGUGUUCUUGAAUGACAAGGGUGGCUUAUUCCACGGUGUUACUGGCGAGAAGAUUAGUGUCAUCAACCUGGACGAGGAAUAUGACACCCUGAUGAAGGAGCCAUGGGUCAAAUACGGCACCAAACUCAAGCUUCGCGAAUUUAAAGAACUUCUCGACUACCUUCCGCGCACUUCAUCGGUCGCCGUUAUCUCCGCUGCUCACCUUCAGAAGGAACUUUUUACGGACGAUGGCGCCGGAACUCUGAUCAGACGUGGAUACAAACUCUUCAAGCAUAGGAGCAUCGAAGGAGUCGGUGCAGACCGUUUCCGUCAAGUAAUUCAUGAUCGUGACCCUGAAGUGCUCGCUGGCGAGCAGAGCGUUACUAGUGUGCUCAAUGAAAUCAACAAAACCCCGUUCACUAUCUACGGUGAUGAACCAUUGGACGUCGUGGCUACGGUUUCUCAUCCACCCGGUGAAACUCCCGUCAUGACUAAACUCCUUGCCUCUCGAAGCGGUAUUCUGAACAACGUCGUUGACAAUGUCUUUAACGCCAUAAAGAAAGACCACAGACGUCUGUUUUGGACUGCCCAAGUCGACGACGAAAACCGAUCAUGGCAUUUUGAGCGAGCUGACGGAAGCUUCACCCGCGCCGGAAAGAGCUUGUUCUGGUAUGGUGUUCAUGAUGUGUAUGAAGUGGAGAGGAUCAUCCGAGACUUCGAGGCUAAGGGUCGAAUCGAAAGGUCCUAUCUUCCUGUUGGUCCUUCUGCUCCGCCUCAUAAAGCUGCUGCUGGUACACGUCCAUUUUCCACGCUAGCCAGAUCCAAUGUUCCUGGUUCUACACGUGGGUACGCAACUUCCGCAACUUCUUCCGCUACCCCCGUAUCCACCAAAAUCAAACGUUUGGGUCUCAUUGGAGCUAGGGGAUUCACAGGACAAGCUCUGACAAGCUUGAUAUCCGAACAUCCCUAUCUCAAUCUUACCCACGUAUCAUCCCGGCAAAUGGCGGGGUAUCCUUUGGAUACCUAUACCAAGGCUUCCGUGCAGUAUAGUAACCUGUCUCCGGAAGAUGUUGAAAGAAUGGAGAAGCGGGGAGAGGUAGAUGCGUGGGUAAUGGCCCUGCCAAACGGUGCAUGCAAGCCUUUUGUUGAUGCCGUAGAUCGUGGAUCUAAGGAAAGAGUUACCGAAGGAAGUGUCGUCGUUGAUCUCAGUGCAGAUUAUCGGUUCGAGAGUGGCUGGACAUAUGGACUUCCUGAGCUGUACGGAAGGUCAGCGAUUCGGGCGUCCAAGAGAAUCUCGAACCCAGGUUGCUACGCCACUUCGACGCAGAUGCUUAUUGCGCCUUUACUCGACUACCUCAAGACCGGAGCAUGGCCCACUGUCUUUGGUUUGUCUGGAUAUAGUGGCGCAGGUACUGUCACAUCCAGUGAUCCCGAUGGCCGACCGAUCAGUCUUCCCAAGGUCACCCCCGAGACGUUGGCUGGCGGGAUACAACCCUAUGCUUUGACUGACCAUAUCCAUGAGCGGGAGGCCGGGCACCACCUGUCUAGUCUACUUAACAACUCCUCGAUGAAACUCGCGUUUAUUCCAGCCGUGACGCCGUGGUUCAGCGGAAUCAUUUCCACGUUGUCGAUGCCUCUUACCGAAAAACUUUCCGCCAAAGAGAUUAUCAGCCUUUACCAGAAGAGGUACGCGGGUGAGAAGCUUGUCUCCAUUAAAACGGCAGUCCCCACGCUUCCCGAUAUCGCGAAUAAACAUGGAUGGGUUGUUGGGGGCGUUCAAGUGCAUAGCGAAGGUGAACGUGUCGUCGUCAUCGGCGGCCUAGACAAUCUACUUAAGGGUGCUGCAACUCAAUGUCUACAGAAUCUUAACCUCGCACUUGGAUACGACGAAUAUGCGGGCAUUUCCAUUCCCAUACCAGCUUAGGCAUAUGAAAAUUAUUACUUAUGAUCUGUGUAUCCCACGAUAAAUCAUCUAAUAGA